AUGGAAGCUAAAGCCAUUAGAGAAGAGGCCUUGAUGGCCAGAUCAUCUGGCCGUGACGCUUUGAAUCAUGCAAUUGCCGCAGCCGACUUGUACAUGAAGGCUGCCAAAGAAGCCGCUUCGCCCGCCGACCGCGUUCGUUUUAGGAAGAAGUGCGAGGGACUCAUUACCCAUGCUGAGCAGCUCAAGUCCUCGCCCAGGGCCACUCCCGCGACCACAACCAAAGCCACCACUGUCAUCACCUCGGCGUCGAACCCUAACUGUCAUGUGCGCCAAAUACCCUCCAACGAGAGGGCUAUUCUUUUGCGCUCGUCUCGGCUACAUGGAAAUAUAUUCCCACCCUGGCAGUCCGACCCUGUUGACGGCACGUUCUCCCUGCCCGAAGGAAAACAUGUCUUCUCUGACCCGACGGAGUACACCAUGUCGCCUCGACAACAGUCGAUCCUCGAAGGCUGGAAACGCCCCGUGGAGCAGGCCAGAGAAGAAACCGUAGACAGGGACUUCAUGGCCUCGGAUAGCGACUGUGAUCUUGUACAGGAUGUCACGACAGACUGCUCAGUCGUAGCCAGUCUAUGUGCCGCCAUGAAGAUUCUUCAGAGGGGCAGGCAAUCAGUUCUCGGUUCCAUCAUGUUUCCGUACGACCAUGCUCAGGGGCGGCCCAAGAUCUCAAGGAGUGGAAAGUACAUGUUCCGCAUGCACUUCAACGGCUGUUUUCGUCAAGUCGUUGUGGAUGACCGGCUACCUGUCUCGCGGAACAACCGCACAUUGUUCGUUGUCGAUCGCAAGAAUCCCAACUUGCUCUGGCCGGCCCUCUUAGAAAAAGCCUACUUGAAGGUUCGAGGGGGCUAUGAUUUCCCCGGGAGCAACUCAGGUACCGAUCUGUGGGUCAUUACCGGAUGGAUUCCCGAACAACUGUUUCUUCAGAGUGAGGAUGUCGAUCUCGAAGGCACUUGGGACGACAUUAAGGAAGCGUACCAUGCUGGCAAUCUUAUCAUCACAUUAGGCACUGGGCGGCUGACACAGACGGAAGAGGAUGCCCUGGGUCUCGUUGGUGAGCAUGAUUAUGCAGUGCUAGAGAUUGAUAUUUCACCUGGAGCCCGCCGGCUGCUUGUCAAGAAUCCGUGGUGUGAUGGUCUUGUCUGGAAAGGCGUUGGAUCUUCCGGACUUCUCGAGAAAACGGCGGCCCUAUCGCUAUCAGCUACGUCUGUGUCGGUAGAGCCUAAGUCAUCGGAACACUCGAGGCCAGUUGGUUCUUUCUGGAUUUCGGUCGAGGACGUUGCCCAAAACUUUGAGUCCAUGUACCUGAACUGGAACCCGGACAUGUUCACACACCGGCAGGAUCAUCACUUUACAUGGCGGGUGCCGACGAAGAACAUGACGUCCUCCCUCGCCCACAACCCGCAAUAUUCGGUGCUCUCAAGCAGUGGAGAUGAGGUAUGGAUCCUGCUGAGCAGGCACUUUGCAGACGAAGAGCUUAAUAUUGCGCGCAACAAGUCGGCUUCUUCGGCGGCGCCAUCGAGACAGCUGGGCUUCACAAGCAUCUUCAUCUUCGAGAGCGAAGGCAAAAAGGUGCAGGUGAGAGAGGGCUUCGUCUAUCAGGGCUCCUAUGUCGACUCACCGCAGACACUGGCCAAGUUCAGACUUCGCGCCGGCAAACCCUACACCAUCGUCAUGGCCCACCAGGAUCUACCGCUGCACGACUACUCGUGCACAUUCACCCUCUUCUCACGGACGCCUCUAGAGGUCAAGCCUGCCGAAGAAGAGAUGAGGUACUACAAGGAGUUCUCCAGUGCCUGGACAAGGAGAACCGCCGGGGGCAAUGCGUCAUCCAUUACGUACUCACAAAAUCCUCAGUUCAGCAUAUCGAUCCCCAGGGCCACGUCUCUUUCCAUUCUUCUCUCGUCUGGAGACCGCGAGGUGGCCAUUCAUGUUGAUCUGGUCUGGGCACACGGCAAGAGAGUCACCUCGAUCGGAGUCAAGGACGUCGUGGCCAGUUCUGGCGACUAUCGGAGAGGCAACGCUCUGGUGCAGGUCCCUUUGGUGGAGCCGGGCACUUACACCAUCGUCUGCUCGACGUGGGAACCGGGCCAGCUUGCCGAUUUCGGCAUGCGUGUGGGCUCACAGGUAGAAUGCCAGAUACAGCCCGUGUUGAGUGACGGCGCCGGCCUGUUGCGGACUCGCACACCAGCCAUUGCCUUCAGCGAGGGGGAAGAGAAGAGACGGGCGCCUGUCACGGUAACACGACUUUCUCGGGCCCAAGUUGUUGCCCGUUGCCCCCUCUUGACGGGACGGGACGGUCAGCACAUCCCUACGACGGCAGUCCGUAUCUCUCUUGUAUACGGGAGAGGACCCGAGGAGUCCGUGCUUGCUAUGUCAGGCGGCGGUGAGUUCCGGGAGCUCACUAUGGCUGUCCGAACACCAGAAUUCGACCUUGAGCCCGACCGUUUGCGACAAGACCAGCUAUGGCUCGUUGUGGAACAGCUCGGCAGCCAGCAAGGUCGCCAAAGCAUCGAGGUAGAAUUUUUAAGUGACAAUGCCAUUCACGUCGGCGACUGGCAGAUUGUUGAUGGCUAG